AUGCAUGGUUCACCGGUUCUUUUCGACAUUAUACAGUUGGUAACCGAUCACAUGUCCAACCUAUCUGUGCCGAAGUUACCCUGCUCGAUAUGUCUGUGCAAGUUUGACGGAUCCGACGAUGUGAAGUUGAUUGAACAGUGUCUACACCAUUUCCACGCCUUCUGUUUCCAGCAGUAUGUGCAGUAUAUGUUUCGAGAAUCUCGGUCAUCAGUCACCAGCGGAGGCUGUGAGAAGUCGGCGGAAAUGUUAAAACAGGUGCCGUGCCCACUGUGUCGUAAACCGGUCGACAUUUUGUCAGAUUUCAACGCUGUUGUAAAACGCCCUGUGCUAUUUGACGAGGCUACAGAUGUAUCGGGAAUGGCCGAAAAGUGGGCGAAUCGGUGGGCCAAAGUGUAUGAGGCUCAGAAGCGGAAAGGCGGCAUUAUUGACGUCGAGGCUCAGAAGAAGCAGUUGCUGAUCACUGAAAAUAUGACCGUGGAUAUUGCAGCACUGGAACAGCCAUCUGCUGUCAGCGUAGAAAACGCGCAACAUGGUUGUAAUACACGUGGCAGUUUCACCGUGAGUAUUUACGUAGCGGUUAAAAAUGAAGGAUGA